AUGGACCUGGUGGAAGGAGGAUUUCCUACUGGCCAAGGACAAACCAGGAUCCUGGAAGUGCCCGGGGCUGGAACUGGGGGUUCCUGGGGCUGGGGGUACCUGGAGCUGGGGGGUGCCCCGGGCUGGAAUGCCCGGGGCUGGAACUGGGGGUUCCUGGGGCUGGGGGUACCUGGAGCUGGGGGGUGCCCCGGGCUGGAAGUGGGGGUUCCCGGGUCUGGGGGUGCCCUAAACUGGGGUGCCCGGGGCUGGAACUGGGGGUUCCUGGGGCUGGGGGUACCUGGAGCUGGGGGGUGCCCCGGGCUGGAAGUGGGGGUUCCCGGGUCUGGGGGUGCCCUAAACUGGGGUGCCCGGGGCUGGAACUGGGGGUUCCUGGGGCUGGGGGUACCUGGAGCUGGGGGGUGCCCCGGGCUGGAAGUGGGGGUUCCCGGGUCUGGGGGUGCCCUAAACUGGGGUGCCCGGGGCUGGAACUGGGGGUUCCUGGGGCUGGGGGUACCUGGAGCUGGGGGGUGCCCCGGGCUGGAAGUGGGGGUUCCCGGGUCUGGGGGUGCCCUAAACUGGGGUGCCCGGGGCUGGAACUGGGGGUUCCUGGGGCUGGGGGUACCUGGAGCUGGGGGGUGCCCCGGGCUGGAAGUGGGGGUUCCCGGUGCCCGGGGCUGGAACUGGGGGUUCCUGGGGCUGGGGGUACCUGGAGCUGGGGGGUGCCCCGGGCUCGUGGCCGUCAGCAAGACCAAGCCGGCCGAGAUGGUGAUGGAGGCGUACAGCCACGGGCAGCGCAGCUUCGGGGAGAACUACGUUCAGGAGCUGCUGGAAAAGGCAUCAGACUCCAGAAUUCUGUCGUCUUGUCCAGACAUCAAGUGGCAUUUUAUUGGCCACCUGCAGAAGAGCAAUGUCAACAAGCUGAUUGCUGUCCCAAACCUGUUCAUGUUGGAGACAGUGGAUUCUGUGAAACUGGCAGACAGAGUCAACAGCUCAUGGCAGAAGAAAGGAUCGUCCCAGAAGCUGAAGGUCAUGGUGCAAGUUAACACCAGUGGGGAGGACAGCAAGCAUGGCCUCUCCCCUGGGGACACCACGGCUGCAGUGGAGCACGUCAUCACCAAGUGCCCCAGCCUGGAGUUCGUGGGGCUGAUGACCAUCGGCAGCAUCGGGCACGACCUCAGUAAGGGGCCAAAUCCUGACUUCCAGGUGCUGCUGUCCCUGCGGCAGGAGGUGUGUGAGAAGCUGAACCUGCCCGUGGACAAGGUGGAGCUGAGCAUGGGCAUGUCCACGGACUUCCAGCACGCAAUAGAGGUUGGAUCUACAAACGUCAGGAUUGGGAGCACUAUUUUUGGAGAGAGGGAUUAUUCCAACAAAGCCAUCGGGGGCAAGGCCCCUGCUGGAAGUGAAGGCCAGACAGAGGCUGUGACAGUGCAGGGGCACUAGAGGGAAAACAAGUGGCCUCAGCAGAGGAGAGACCUCGCUAUGCAUUUUACCUCCCUCCGUGUCGGCACCCUGAUGGUGAGAGGGAAUUCCUCGGAACAGGGCAGAAAUGCCUCAACCAUUGUGAUUAUAGAGUACCCCUAGAAACUGGAAAUCUUUAUAACCAACAAAUGACAAGGAAAUUGAGGGCUGGAAGUGGCUGUGGUGUCUUGGUUCCUCAGGGUCAUCAAGGACAGAGACUUUGGGUAACUGGGUUGGACGAACAAGUGUUUGUCAGGCUGGAGUUGCUGCUGAGCGAGGGGGAUGUCACUGCAGCUGUGCUGGUGCUUGUUUUCACUGAGGACGAAAUACUCAAAACGUUAUGAUCUCGCCAGAAACCUUUAAAUGUUUCCCCAAGUACAAGUUUUGCGUGUGGGAUGUUACAGAGGAGCUGGGAUGGGGCUGUGACACGGGAGAGGCCAUGGCCACGGCAGAGGGGUGAGUGACAGGCACAGGGGACUGUGAGGAGCUCAGCUGCCACUGAGAGUUCAUGCUCUGAUGUUUUGGCUGCACAUCACAAGUGUGGGAGUGUCUUCUCAGCUCAAUUUGUCCUUUUCAGGCUGACACUAACUUUCCCCAUGGCUCCAUGGCUGCCCAGAUCUGGAAUGCUUUCCCCCUUCCUUUCCCUUCCUUUCCCCUCUGUUGUUGGGAAUUAUUUUCAUCCUGCCCAGUAGUCCUGCUGCUGUUUUUUGGUCAGAAUGGGGGUUUUCUGCCAGGCCUCUGCUCUGCCACCAGCUUGCUGCUGCUUUCCAAGGUGAGUCCCUCAUGGUUUGGUGCCUGUGCCAUCCCCUUUACACCUGUGUGAGGAUAACAGUGCUUGGCUCAGGGCAGCAGGGAGCUUUCCUUGGGAAAAUGCUUCAGAAAAGGAAGUGUUGUUGUCCCACUGUAUCCUGGGUUCCUGUAAAAAUCAUUGGGCCACUGAGAGAGCUUUUAGGCUGUGUCUUAACAUCUUUUCCUGCUCUUGGAAGAGGGAAAUGGGACUGUCACUGCAGUACCUUUCCUACAGGUGUGAGCAGAAGCUCCUGUGUUGCCCUGUGUUAGUAGCCCUGAUUUUUGGGCUUUUGUGUCUGCUGAGAGGAGAGCUCGGCUGCCAGCAGGAACAUCCUCCCCAGGCUUCGCUCUGUGUGCGUGUGGUUAAAUCCUGCUGUUGGUUUCACUCUCUAAAAGCUGAAUGUAAAUGAAAAGAGUCAACUCCAA